AUGGCUCAGACUCAGAUAUCGCGGAGCUCGGAGAGCGAUGCCUGGACGCUCCUCUCCCUCAAGUCGGCGCCUCCGUCGCCCUCGAAAGUGCAAUGGGCACAGGAGCCGGCUCCGACUGCCAUCGCGCGGCUCGAUGGCCGCGAUUUCGAAUACAUGAUACGCCAAAAGAAGGUGAUAAUCGGACGGAAUUCUAGCCGGGGUCAAGUAGACGUAAACAUGGGACAUUCUAGUUUUAUAUCGCGGCGGCAUCUCGAACUGUUCUACGACCACCCGGAGUUCUAUUUGACUUGCAACAGCAAGAACGGCGUGCUCGUCGAUGGUGUGUUUCAACGGAAGGGAGCGGCCGCGAUGCUACUCCCGAAGAGAUGUACUCUCCGUUUUCCAUCGACCAACAUUCGCCUGGAGUUCCAGUCGCUGGUCGAGGAGAGUGGCGUAGGGUCCGGGGGCGCAGGCCCACCCCUGCCCCCGCUACGUAUAUCCAUACCAGUGGACAACGAUGGGCGAAGCCCUGCGCCUUCCCCGACAGGUACAAUAAGCGCCACCAACAGUUGUCCCACGUCGCCGCGGGGCGCCGGUUCAUCUGGCCGGCGGCACCCAGACCUCGGGCUUGUGGCGCAGUACGCGGCCCUGGCUGACCACCAGCGACCGAACUCGAACGGAACCGCGGCUUCGUCUACGUCUGAUUCCGGCUACAGUUCCCGGGACGCUCGAGAUGCCAGGGAACAUCGCGAGGGCCGUGACGAUGCUAAACCACCGUACAGCUACGCCCAGCUUAUAGUCCAAGCUGUUGCUUCAGCAGCGGACAAGCAGCUCACGUUGAGCGGCAUCUACAGCUACAUCACCAAGCACUACCCAUACUACCGGACCGCCGACAAGGGCUGGCAGAACUCUAUACGACACAACCUAUCACUCAACCGUUACUUCAUCAAGGUUCCUCGUAGUCAGGAAGAGCCAGGCAAGGGCAGCUUCUGGCGUAUCGACCCUCAGAGUGAAGGGAAACUCAUUGAGCUGGCCUUCAGACCUCGCCGCCCUAGGGGGGUGCAGUUCAGGGCACCCUUCGGACUCUCUUCAAGGAGUGCUCCUACUUCUCCGUCUCAAGUGGGUGUCUCCGGGCUGGUCACUCCUGAGGAGUUAUCCCGGGAACCAACGCCUGAUCUCUUCACGGCUGAGGAACAUGAACAACAGCAAUCUGGCCAGCAGCGUCUGUCAUCAUCGUCACAGUAUCUGUUCCCGCAGAGAAGUGGGGUCAGUCAGAGUGCACCUGGCUCACCUGGUCAUGGUGUGUACGCGGGCGGCAGUGGUUUGGUGAUGGCCGGACAUCAGAUAACGGUUGUCACUAACGGCGCUGGAGGGGAGAGGGAAGAGAAGUAUGUGGUGGGCACGUCGGGAGGCGGGCUGGUGUCGAUACCCGAGGAAGAGGUUCAAGCUGCGAACUUACUGCUGCAUCAGCACUCACCUUACUACGCGUGA